AUGUGGGUCCUAGAUGUGGUGGCGGUUAGUUUCGCCCUCUUCUUCCUGACGUCUCCACUGAUCCAGGCCGCGGGCGUAUUGGCAACGCCCGCCAAAGUGCGGAACGUGAAUCCCGUGAAUCUGCUCUGCUUCCUUGUGAACUCCGCCACCCAGGUUGGCUACGGCAUCUUCCUGCCGGUGCCACCCAUAAUCCCCUGCAGUGUCUACGGCACGUUUGUUGGGCUCGUCAGUAUCGCAACAUGUUGGUGGUUUGCUCGCAAGGAUCCGCAUGCGGAGAGGUGGAACAAGCCGGCCUUUGUCGGCACAUGUUUUGCCCUGAUCUUGUCUGGGUCGAUCAUCGCCUAUGCGGGGCUGGGGGGGGAGGGUGCCGCGGCUAGAGUUGGAUAUCUGGGCAUGUACAUGGGCAUCAUCAUGUCUGCCGCGCCGCUCUCUGCCUUGCGGGAGGUUCUCCAAACCAAGUCCUCCAGCAUCUUGCCGUUUACCCAGCUCUUGCUGGGCUUUCUGAACAGCCUCUGCUGGUUUGGUGUAGGCGUCACCCGGCGGGAGAUUCCCAUCUGGGUGUCCAAUGCCCUGCAGAUGCUGCUGUCUCUCGUCCAGUUGUGCCUCAUCUGGAAGUACCCAGCCAGGGCCUCCAGAACAGAGAAGGAAUCCCAAGUGCAGACGGAUGAGUCUGCUCUGACUCUCAGGAAGCCUCCGCCACUAGGACGACGCAGACGUCCGCACGCUCUACUGCGGCAUCAACGAGGGCGAAGUGAAGGGUUCCAGGGAGAUUGCACAGCAGUGGUCCCUUUGCGCAGCGCCAGAAGGCGUUUGCUGGCGUUUCUGGGGGUGGGUUGGGUGCAGGCGAAGACUUCAUUGAAGAGUGUUCAGAAUCCCAACAUCCCGAACGGGAGAACUCUGAGUCCUGUGGCUAUAAACCGGCCACGUGCGCUCUUCCAUCCAUGGAUCCGUCCUGGCGUUUCCUGCCGACCUGGAGCGGCAAGGAGAGACUCGUUGAACAUCUUCGUCAACUGGUGCAUUCCUGGUGGUCGCUAG